CAACCACGUGAGCGCUAUCCGUAGUCAUUCAUGCCUGGACCCCGCCCUCUAUCGGUGGGAGGUCCGCGGUCAUAGCAGCAAGCUCCGCCCUCGCUCGGUUGUCGUACGGCGCGGCUUCUCCUUCUGCGCGAAAAGCCAAAACAAGCGGCGAGACAUCAUCCGGCUGGUGUGAACAGGGCUGAGAGCUCGGCGGCUGCAGGAAUGGGGAACUGUCAUACGGUGGGACCCAACGAGGCGCUGGUGGUGUCCGGUGGCUGCUGUGGCUCCGAUAUUAAGCAGUAUGUAUAUGGAGGAUGGGCCUGGGCGUGGUGGUGUAUUUCUGACACCAAAAGACUGUCAUUGGAGGUUAUGACCAUCCUAUGUCGCUGCGAGAAUAUUGAGACAUCGGAGGGGGUCCCUCUGUACGUAACAGGGGUUGCACAGGUGAAAAUAAUGACUGAGCGUGAACUUCUAGCAAUGGCAUGUGAACAGUUUCUUGGAAAAAAUGCCCAUGAGAUUAAGAAUGUCGUCCUACAAACACUGGAAGGCCAUUUGCGAUCUAUUCUUGGUACACUGACAGUGGAACAAAUCUAUCAGGACAGAGACCAGUUUGCUAAGCUGGUUCGUGAAGUGGCCGCUCCUGAUGUUGCCCGCAUGGGUAUUGAAAUCCUAAGCUUUACCAUUAAGGAUGUGUACGACAAGGUUGAGUAUUUAAGCUCCCUGGGUAAAACGCAAACAGCUGUUGUUCAGAGAGAUGCUGACAUUGGCGUUGCUGAAGCAGAAAGAGAUGCAGGCAUUAGGGAAGCCACAUGCAAGAAAGAAAUGCUGGAUAUCAAAUAUCUGUCCGAUACUAAAAUGGCCGAUUCAAAGCGAGCGUAUGAACUGCAGAAGGCGGCCUUCAGCCAGGAAGUGAACACUAAGAAAGCGGAAGCUCAGCUGGCCUACGAGUUGCAGGCCGCUAAAGAACAGCAGAAGAUUCGUCAGGAAGAAAUUGAGAUUGAGGUUGUUCAGCGUAGGAAACAAAUUGACAUUGAGGAGAAAGAAGUUAUCCGUAUGGACAAGGAGCUGAUUGCCAUGGUGAGGAGACCAGCAGAAGCCGAGGCUUACAGGAUGCAGCAGAUCGCUGAAGGAGACAAAGUCAAGCAAGUGCUGAUCGCUCAAGCAGAGGCUGAAAAGAUCCGUAAACUUGGAGAAGCUGAAGCAUCCGUUAUUGAAGCUAUUGGUAAAGCAGAAGCUGAGAGGAUGAAGCUGAAAGCUGGUGCCUACCAGCAUUAUGGAGAGGCGGCUAAAAUGGCCCUUGUAUUGGAGUGUUUGCCUGAGAUUGCUGCCAAAGUGUCUGCUCCGUUGGCCAAAGUGGAUGAAAUUGUCAUUCUCAGUGGAGAGAACAGUAAAAUAACUGGGGAAAUGAAUCGUCUGUUGGCUGAAGUUCCUGUUUCGGUUCAGGCUCUCACUGGAGUAGAUCUGACUAAGAUCCCACUGCUCCAGAAAGCCACGGGUGUUUUUGCAUAGGGAAGAGUGCAAGCAGCCGGCCCUUCAUUCACUUUAGCAAAUGCCUUCAAAGCUUCUGGACUCUGUUUUAUACAGAAAAGACCAUAUCAGUUACAUUUUUAAACAUCUGGUGCCUUACAUUUCAGGACCAGAACCACAAGUUGUCA